AAAGAUUAUCGGUCGAAAUUGUGUUACGCGAUGAUUGUGUGGUUAUGUAAAUAAUAAAUAUUUUCCGAGUUGUUUAAUCGAAUCUCUUGGCAACUGUUAUACGAUUCUCUUUGACAGUCAUUCAUAUCUCGCUCCCAUGCUCCGUCCUGUUUGAUACAUCUGCGCCCGCGUUGCAAGUACGAAAAAAAAGAAAAAUAGGGAGCUAGUGCCCCUAUCUGUGGACAAAUACAGAAUGUCAUGAGUUCACGCUGUACAUACGUACUUUAUGUAAUGUAAUUUCACGUAGGAUCACCGCGAUAUCGGGUCAGGGUCGUUCUUGUUUAUUUAUCUUGCAAAAAUCAUCGAGCAAGGGUUGGCACCCCUGACGUGUCUUUCUCCGUCGUACGCUCGUUAUUCAUGCCUGUACUACGAUGUGUUUACGUUGUAACUCGGGAAACGCUACCUCCUCAUAAGGACUGACCACGUUAAGCGUGUCUGCAGUGAUGAAGCGCGCGAUACUAGAAGAAAACAAUGAAGCCAAAGGAACUUCAGUCAAGCAGGAGGCUAUCAAUUUUGGAUAUGAUGCUUCGUAUGCCAAUUAUUCUUCAUCAUCCUCUCCUUCCACUGUUGCUCAACCUUUACCAGGACAGCCACCUUUACCUCCUAUACCACCUCCACCAAGUGGCGUCCCACCUCCACCUCAUGUAUUCGGAUCAGUGCCUUCCCAAGUUGCUCCUAUUCCAUCAUGGCCACAUUCACAAGCUCCAUGGCAAUGGAUAACACCUCAAACAUCCCCUUUGCCAUCUCCAACUCCUCACGAGAUUACUAAUACGUUUCCAAGAGAGAUGCCUCUGAGAGGUAAUUAUGUACGCCGCGAAAGAUUUACUCACAAUAGAAGCAAUAUGUAUGUUCAGAGAAAUAAUUUUCACCGGAAAAAUAGAAGGCUGGCGCGGUUUGGGCAGUCGCAGGGUCAAUUUGAGCAAGCUGCGUAUUUUGGCCCAGCAUUGGCAGGUGGUCUCGGUUUGGAGUGGCAAAGAAAUAAUUAUACUACAGCAACGAAUGAUGCUAUAAUAAAUCAUAUGGCCGUUCCUAUACCUAAUCAUCCCAUACCUCCUAUUCCUUCAGGGGUCAUAAACAGUAGGCAUAAUGAAGAAACGGAAGAUCAUGAUUUGAAAAUUGAGGAGGUUAUAGUAAAGAAAAAUAAACCAAGGAAGCCAAUGUCUCAAAGCUAUCCCAGUAGACCGUGGAAUAGAGAGGACGCGGAGAAAGCACUGAAGACUGAAAACGAAUAUAGGACAAUUGAAGCACAGAGCUUAAUAAUUAAAUUUCCUGAUCCGGAUCUAAAUAAAGACAUCGUUAGAUCAUUUCACCCCGGUAUACAGAAUGUACGUUUUCAAAGUCCGAGUGGACCAAGGUACUGUUUUAUCCAAAUGGCGAAGAAUGUGAAUAUUGAUGAAGCUAUAAAAGAUUUGGAGAAAAUUCAAUUUGGCAUUGGAUGCUUGAAAGUUGAAAGAAAAUCGUUGAGAGAUGAGGAUAAUCCUUUGCCUGAAGAGAUAAACCCCUAUACUUUAUAUAUAGGAAACUUGCCUAAAUACCUUAAUGUAAAAGAACUGAAAAGUAAAUUUCCAGCCGCACGAGUAGAUGCUGGAUACGCGCAAAAAAUACGGCGGACACGCUAUGCUUUUUUAAGACACAAUACUGUAGAUGAGUCGAUAGCAGCUUAUAAACAAGCGCAUGAUAUGAUGUGGGACACGAGGAGUAUUAUUGUUAGAUUUAGACGAUUUGACAAGCCUAAUGGUAAGAAAAUUAAAGAUGAGCCGAAUAAUGCUGCACAAGUGAAGAAGGAACAAAAUACAAAUCAUGUUGAAUCCAAGUCUAACGUUAAUAAGCUGAAAGAAGAAGAAAAUAAUGCUAAUCAAGUGAAAAAAGAGGAUAAAAUUAAUCACUUGGACAAAUCGCCGAUUAAUCAAGAUACGGAUAAAAGCAAACCGGUUUUGCAAGCUCAAAAGCAAAACAAGUCUUCCUCCCCUUCUUCUGCAUUACCAACUUCAAUUACUUCAGCUAAAACACCAGAAGAGCAACAACAACAACCCUGGACAUCGCAGCCUCCUCAAAUACCUUCAGCAUCGGAGGCUCCGCCACCGUGUCUAACUGAGGCAGAAACUAUCGAGAAAACGAUGAUGCUUACAGAAAUCAAAGAGGAACCCUUGGAUUAUGAAGAGGUGGAUAUGUAUAAUAUCCAAUCGGACGAUGACGACGAUGACGACGAUGACGAAGAACUGGAAGAAACUGAUGAUGAUGAAGACAAAGAUGACUUCCAAGACAAUGAUGAAGACGAAAAUAUUGAUGAUGAUGGAAAUAUAACUUUCAGUGACAAACCGUUCGAAACAGCAGAAGAUGACGAAGAACCAACAGAUCAUCUCGAUCAAAUGUUCAGCGACUUGGAGAAUAUGACAGGCGACAUCGGUUUUUUUAAACAUUGAACAAUUUAUCAUUUCAAUACAUUUCGCAUUACACUGAUCCAAUUUUUAUAAAAUUUAAUUUCGUAUGUAAUAUGUAAAUAUUACUGGUUACCUAAUGUAAGUAAAUGAGACUGCAUGUAUUUAAUAUAAUAGUGUAAGCAAUUAUACAGUCGUAUUUAAGAAGAUUUUAGAAUGACGCGCAAACUCCAACAUCAAAGCACCAUCAUUUAGAUGGGACUCUAAAUGAGAGAUUUACAUGACCGACGUAAUCAGUGUUACCAAUUUUUAUUAGUGUGACUAUGUAUAUUUUAUGUAUAACAUCUGGAUUAUAUUCUUCAUUUUAUUAUGAUAAUUUCUUGCAAAUGUGAUCUGUUUUUUAGAGAAUUUUGUCUUUAGAGCCGUAACAGAAAUUUAGAAAUAAAAAAAGCAUUACGUCAACCUUUUUGGUUAUAUAUAAUUGUAUUUGUACUAUCAAUCGUAUUAUGUAAUAUUUUCUAUUUUACAAUAUUUUUAAUAUUGAAUAUAUAAAAUGUCUCUUUAUCGCAUAUUCCCGCAAUGUAUCUUUCUUUCGGUUUUCCUAUUUUAAAUUAUAUAUGAGGCAUAUAAACAGCGAUCUUUUCUUCUUCAAAAAAGUCUUUACGAAUAAUGCACAUUGAAUAAUAAAUAUAUUAUAUUUGCCGAUAUUAUACACAAAGCAAAUGACAUAUAUUUGAAACUGUAAUUUAUGUAAUGGAAUAUAUAUUGUUACUCUAAA